AUGAAGAAAGGAACCCUCUUCUUCUUCUCCAUUCUGCUGUUCCUUCAACUCCAGCAGGAUUUAGCUCUUGGUGAUCUUCACAGACUGGAAAACCAGGCAUUUCAAUUAGCAUCCCACAAGCAACAAGGUGAAUCUGUUCAGGAAAACUUAGCAGUGACAAUGUCAAUAUGCGCGGAGAAAGCCAUGGUGAAAAACUGA